GUAUUCAUCCCAAAGUAUUAUACAUCUAAUCAUUAACCUCAACGACUAAUACAUCUCCUACUCUCGGUCAAUCAGAGCGCAGUAUCUUGAUCAGGUCGCCCACAGUCACGAUGGCACGCACAACGUCCAUCUGGACGUUAACAGCUUUGUCAACAAUCGCCCUCGCCCAUGUGCCGUCAAGAUCAAAUUACACCAAUAGUACAGGACCGUACUCAUCGUCACAUAUUGAGACACAAUACACUGUGCCUACAGCUAUUCCGGUGCCAACGUUACCAACAUCUGCUCAGGAGCCUCCUGGGACGACGUCAAGCACACCAUCUCUGCCGCCAUUUUCUUCUGAGCCUUGCGAGACAGAUACUGUGACGAUCUCCCCUCCAGUAGCACUCCCCAGCGUUUAUGAACCUGCGAGCUCUGUGUAUCAAUCGUCAGUGGUACAUGUGACGUCGGGAUCAUCUGGCUAUACAUCACUCACAGCGUAUCCUAUUUCAGCGGGAGUCGUCUCGAUCGCCUCUACAUGGCUACCACCUUCGUAUACCCAAGCCAUACCUUAUAUUCCUAGCAGCUCUGGUCUUUCGACAUGGCUCGGACCCUCUUACACAGUGGCCAUUCCUCUGCCUUCUAGCUCAGCGCAAGGAUCUGCCUCCUCGAGCGCACCAUCAUCAGAGAGCGCUACUAGCACCACGCCAUUGCCAUCUCAGACUAUGGUGCCAACACCGCCCGUAGUCACCAGCUCUGCAACAUAUCCGGUCAAUUCUCCAUCGACUUCAAAGUCCAGUAGCUUUGAGAGCUCCGUUUCGCUAUCCUCGACAACUGUCGGUAUCCCGAUUCCCUCUCAAUACUCCAGCUCCAUUCCCGCCACUUCAUCAACAAGCUCUUCGAGCUCAAAGAUCCUCACGACGUUCGUCUCAGAAUCGGACAUUGCGACGACAUCGGAUUCUUUGUCGACUACUCUUAUCGUCCCGAUUCCUACCCAUCCGUCCUCGAAUUUGAUUCCAGUCGCGUCUUCAUCUGCAAGCACACAGUCUGGCAGCAUUGCUAGCUCAUCGCCAGUAGUAUCGUCCUUCGGAGUGUCUAGCUCAUCAUAUGUCUCCUCUCGACCUUUGCCCACGUUUUCUUUGGAGACCUCGCUUCUGUCUUCUAUGUUGUCCUCGGUAACUCCGACGGGUAUCAUAGUCACACCAUCAUCAAGCACGUUCUCGGAGCCAGCAUCUUCGCCGGCUGGCACGACUCUUUCAUCUUCUAGUACCACAGCGUCAACAACACCUAGCGAAGCCCCAUCCAGUGUGUUGCCCUCUUCGGUAGAGUCAACUCUCCUGAGUGUGGCCUCAACCUCAUUUUCCAGUGCUGCAAACUCAGGUUCCACCCUCUCAACAACAGUCAGCCCUACAUCCUCAUCCCCGGAGACAACGUCAUCUGCUACACGACCCACAGCAGCAGGCUCCUCCAUCAGUUACACACAGUCUACAUCUGCGCCACUAAGCUCAUCGGCUUCCUCAGUAACAACAACUGGCCCACCGCCAGCCCCACCAGUUCAGACCGGAGCCGCCAACGAUUUUGGUUCGAAUAGUAAGGAGAGGAUGUGGUGGGUGUCACUUCUGCUCACAGCGUUUAUUUUGGUGUUAUAGUGACUCAAUGGGUUGGAUGAGUUGAGUUCAUGGUUCAUGUACAUAUAUGACGUUACGAUAUUACUUUAAUGUUUCGAUGAUAUUGGUUUAAGGAUACUAAUGGCUAUCAUGUAUCAGGGAUCAAGAGUCUGGGUCUGUGACUACCGUGAGUCAGACAUCUGGCGUGAAUCUGGUGUAGACUACUGCAGGUACAUAGAUAAUAUUCGAGGCCUUCUAUGAUUGGAUUUCGCAGCUCAAGAUCGACA